AUGUCAAAGUGGGUCGAGGAGGAAAUCGAGACGGGGCUGCGGGUCGGGUACAGGCUGAAAAAGAUCCUCGACUCGUCGCAGUCAGAGUUCCAGACCGUCGACCUUGUCGACUUGGAGCCGUUUGGCCGCACGCUGAUGAUCGACGGCCUCAUCCAGUCGACGCAGUGCGACGAGUUUGUCUACCACGAGGCGCUGGUCCACCCCGCGCUGCUUGCCCACCCGAACCCGCGGAGCGUCUACAUCGGCGGCGGCGGCGAGGGCUCGACCGCGCGCGAGGUGCUGCGGCACAAGUCGGUCGAGCGCUGCGUGAUGGUCGACAUUGACGCGGACGUGGUGACCUUUUGCAAGGACCACCUCCCCGAGAAUGCCGCAGCCUUUGCCGACCCGCGGCUGGAGCUCAUCAUCGACGACGCAAAGGCGGUGCUGGAGAAGGAGCAGAACGGGUUCGACGUCAUCAUCAUGGACCUGGACGACCCGCUCGAGGGCGGCCCGUGCUACCAGCUCUACACCACCGAGUUCUACGAGAUGCUCCGCUCCAAGCUCAACCCGGGCGGAGCCUGCGAUGCCGCCGCCGGCGCGCCCCUUCCUGUAGGCGGCAUCUUUGUGACGCAGGCGGGCGCGGCGGGCAUCAAGCAGCACCGGCUCGUGUGGUCGCCGAUCAACUCGACGCUGCGCGCCGUCUUCCCCGCGGUGACGGCGUACAAGCACGCCGUCUACUCCUUCCUCGACGAGUGGGGCUGGCACAUGGCCUCCGACUCGGCGGAGCUGGUCGCGCCGCUGACGCCCGCCGAGGUGGACGCGAGGCUCAAGGAGAGGCUCGUCGGCGAGACGACCUUCCUCGACGGCGUCUCGUACCCCGGCCUCUUCUCGCUCUCCAAGACGCACCGCGCGACGCUCGCCGCGGAGUCGCUCGUGAUGAGCCGCGAGAAGGGGACCUUCUCCUUCAUGCACAACCAGGGCCUGUGCGUCGCCAAGGCUGGCAAGUGA